AUGGAAGCAGCGAUGGGAUUAAUGCGGAGAAUGCCUCCCAAGCACACCGAGACGGCUUUCUCCACCCUCCUCUCCCUUUUGCCCAAGCACUCCUCUGAUAUCCUCUCUCAAGUCGAGCUUCAUAUUUGGAUGGUGGAUUGGGUGGGUGGAUAUGGCUGGUGGUGGGUUUGGGUGGUUAUGGAUGAUGGUGGGGUGGUUGGUCGCAAAUAA